GGGCAAUUGUUGGAAUAAUGAGAGCGGUAGGACCAUGUCAUGUGCAGGAUUGGCCAUCUGUUCCGUUGUUAUUUGCGUGGACGUUUCCAGCACUCAUUGCAAGAAUGAUUAAAGGAAGAACAUUGGGCAAAAAUCCAGCGGAAGA